CGCGGCCUAGCCGGGAGGUGGCUGUCUCGUCCCCCACUCAGUCACACUCCGCGCACUCACACACUUGGAAGCGCCUCCCCACGUCCCUCCCCUGCCCUCCUCUUGCUCCGCUCUUCCCUCUCUCACCACGAACGGUCGCCGACCGACUGCCAAUCCGCCUCUCGCCCUCUCCCUGUCUCCACAACAUGACUGCCUGGGAAGCGGUGGCUCAGGCAGAGCAGCUCUGCCGGCGCAGGCAGGAGGAGCAGGAUUAUUAAAUAACGCAGCUCGACUCUGUGCAGCUGGGAGUGGAGAGAAGGAGCCCAACGGCCGAGGAGGGGAGGGAGGGCAGAGGAGAGGGGCCGGGAAAGACAAGCCCCGUGCUCCGAAGACAGAAGUCCCCGCGUGCGCGGGAGAAGCCUAACAAGCGCCGCGGAGCCCUCCAGGUUGCUAAGUUGGCGAUCACAGUGCAAGCCUUGGAGUCCCAAUGGGGGACUCCGGAUCAAGACGAUCUACUCUGGUCUCCCGGUUGCCAAUAUUCAGAAGGAGUAUUAGCAGAAAACAUGAUUCUCUUCCUUCUUCACCCUCCUCCAGUAAUACAGUCGGUGUACACAGUUCGUCUCCUUCCAGCACUAACUCAAGCUCAGGUAGUACAGGUAAACGCAGGAGCCUCUUCCGUACUCCUUCCAUUAGCUUCCAUCAUAAGAAGGGGAGUGAACCUAAGAAAGAACCUACCAACCAGAACCUUAGUAUUUCAAAUGGUGCUCAACCUGGUCACAGCAGUAUGCAAAAACUGAGUUUGGAAGAACAUACUAAAACCAGGGGAAGACAUUCUGUUGGUUUUAGCAGUUCACGAAAUAAGAAGAUAACAAGAUCUUUGACAGAGGAUUUUGAAAGAGAAAAGGAGCACUCGACUAAUAAGAAUGUCUUUAUAAAUUGCCUAAGUUCUGGCAAAAGUGAGGGGGAUGAUUCUGGAUUCACAGAAGAACAAACUCGCCGUUCUGUUAAGCAGUCAACAAAGAAGCUUCUUACUAAAUCUUUUUCAUCUCACUAUAAAUUUUCUAAGCCAGUUCCACAGAGCCAAUCCAUUUCAUUGGUACAGCAAUCUGAAUUCUCACUGGAAAUUGCACAGUACCAAGAGAGGGAGCCUGUAUUACUAAGAGCUUCUCCAUCGUGUUCUGUGGAUGUAACAGAACGGGCGGGAAGCUCUUUGCAAUCUCCACUGCUUUCUGCUGAUUUUACUACAGCUCAGACACCUUCAGAGUUCUUAGCCUUGACUGAAGAUUCUGUGUCUGAAGCAGAUGCAUUUCCUAAAAGUGGAAGCAUGGCAUCCCACUGUGACAACUUUGGCCACAGUGAUUCUACCUCUCAGAUUUCUCCCAAUCCUGCUGCUGCUGCAAAGACAACAAUAGACCUUAUGGGAACUGUUCCCUGUGCAAUUAUGUCUCCUGGGAAAUACAGGUUAGAAGGUCGGUGUGGCACUGAAUCUAAAUCCUUACCAGAAACCUCUGCUGCUAGUCAGAAGGAAGUGUUAUUGCAAAUCCCUGAACUACCUGCUAUGAAUGCGAGUGACUCAGAGAUUCACCUAUCAGCAGAUAGAAGAAGAGGAGAACAUACGGUGGUACAAAAUGGUGAAGCAAUGUUGGCAACAAGUUCCCCAAGGAAACUUGGAUUUUAUGAGCAACAUAAAGCAAUAGCUGAACGUGUUAAAGGGAUCCAUCCUAUUUCAGAUUCAAGGAUAAUACCCUCUUCCGGUGAUCAUUAUAUUUUAAACAAAACAUCAUAUGGAUAUGAUGCAAAUCCUGCCAAAGUUCUUGCCAGUAGCCUCAGUCCAUACCGUGAAGGAAGAUUUGUAGAGAGGCGACUGCGAUCCUCAUCAGAAGGAACUGCAGGGGGUAGCAGGAUGAUUUUGAAACCAAAAGAUGGAAACGUAGAAGAAGUUAAUAGUCUAAGAAAGCAGAGAGCAGGUUCAUCAUCUUCAAAAAUGAACAGCAUGGAUGUUUUGAAUAAUUUGGGAUCUUGUGAACUGGAUGAAGAUGAUCUAAUGCUUGAUUUGGAAUUUUUAGAGGAACAGAAUCUUCAUCCUUCAGUUUGCCGGGAGGAUUCAUACCACUCUGUGGUCUCAUGUGCUGCUGUAGUUCUCACUCCUAUGGACCCAACAAUAGAGAUGAAGAAAAGAGAAGAACUAAAAUUUCCUGAGCCUUCGAAACAGAACCUUUCCCUGAAAUUAACAAAAGAGAUUGAUCAGGAAGCCAGGUGUCCCCAUAUCAGGGGAACGCCCAGCAGUCCAUCUGCAGAUUGGCCCCUGCCAGGUGUGGAAGAAAAUGGAGGCAUCGAUUCUCUGCCAUUCAGACUGAUGCUACAGGACUGCACAGCCGUCAAGACAUUAUUAUUAAAGAUGAAAAGAGUUCUACAAGAGAGUACAGAUAUGAGCCCAGCAAGUAGCACCACUUCACUUCCUGUUAGUCCUCUUACUGAAGAGUCAUCGCCUUUCAAGACUUUCUUCUCAUUGGUUGGUGGUGAAGGAACAGGGACAUAUUCCAAGAAUCUUGUGCUCAGCUUGAAGUCACCAUCCUCCACCUGGGUGGGGGCCUUAGUUCCCCGGCAGAAGAACUCAAAGGAUAUAAUGAAAGACGAAUGCUCAAUGCUGAAGCUGCAGCUGAAAGAGAAGGACGAACUAAUUUCCCAACUUCAGGAAGAACUGGACAAAGUUCAGCAUUUACAGAAGGCUUUUGCUUCAAGAGUAGAUAAAUCCACACAAACUGAACUUCUAGGCUAUGAUGGUUUGAACCUGAAAAGACCGGAGUCAGUACAAGGAGGGAGAGAGGCUACAUAUCGAAAUCGAAUUGUGAGCCAAAGUCUCAGCACAAGGGACAGAAAAGCAAUGCAUACUCCCACCGAGGACCGUUUUAGAUACUCAGCAGCGGACCAGACAAGCCCCUACAAAAGCAAGACCUGUCAGCUCUCCAGUCUAUGUUUAAGCAAUUUUUUGAAGGACAAGGAACUAGUGGAAGUUAUCAAACACUCCAGAGGAACUUACGAAACCCUCACGUCAGAGGUCACCCAGAAUUUACGGGCCACUGUAGGGCAGAACUCUCUGAAACCAAUAGCUAAGACCGAAGGGCUUUCCACGUUCUCAGAGAAACCAAAGGACCAAGCUGCUGUGGCCCGACAGCAUUCAACCUUUACAGGCAGGUUUGGACAACCUCCAAGAGGGCCAAUCUCUUUACACAUGUACAGCAGAAAGAAUGUUUUCCUCCAUCACAAUUUACACACAACUGAGCUGCAGGCUCUAGGCCAGCAGGAUGGGUAAUUAUAUCACCCUAUUCCUGUCUCUGGGUAGGACAAGACGGUUAGUGUUUCUCGUGCAUAGCUCAUGUUUAAAUUUUCAUGUAUUUUUUAUUACUUUUUAUUUUUAGUUACAAACAAAGAAUUUUACUUUUUUUUUUUUAGAA